CUGAUGGAGGAGGUGGGAUGAGGCUGACUGAGCUCACGGCCGUAAAGAGCUGCUUGUGUCUGCACCACCGACAUCAGCAGUGUUCAUAAAGGCGCUUUGUGCAUCGCUAAUCCGCUCUGAUGUCACGGUGCAGAAGGAGGGGCUGAGCUCUCUCUGUAAUCCGAGCAAGUUGUGUCUGGAGGGACAAACCGAGCCGAUCCGGGCGAGAACGCGCAGACACAGGGGCGAUGUACACUACGGCAGCCGAAGCCGGGCCUCUCCUCCACUGACAUGCAGGUUGUGCCCUGAGCUGGCUUUUCUUGGCAGUAAGAGGAGCAUGUUCUGAAAAUUGGACUCGAAUCAUACCCCAGCCAUGAGCCACAAGUAUCAGGGAGAGGCAACGGGGGAAGGCAGCGAGGAACACAAGGAGGUCUCGGGGCCUCAGAGGAGCAGGCAGCCCAAUGGGACCACUGGAGACCCUCCUGUACGCCGGUCCUGGAGACCAUGUCAGAUGCUCAACCAGGAUGGGGAACUGAAUCCCCAUCAUCACCAUCACCCUCCUCCUCACCAUCACCACCACCACCACCACCCACCUGGAGGUCGUGGACCGCCUCGGCACCGCCGCCGGCCUCCAUCAGGACAAGGGCAAGGGCAAAGUCAGCCUCUGAGUCCGGUCUCUGCCCCAGCUGCAGUUAGUCAGGAUGCUGACCCACGUCCUGUCCAGCAACCCCGCGCUGCCGUCACUCGCUACCGCCGUCACGGUGACCCUAACCCCAGACUGAGAAGUCACAGACAGCGGCAGCCAUUCAGAGAGGUUCAGGACUCCUCACCAGGUGUGGAAGAGAGAGAAGGUCCACGGCAGGUGCAGGUGCAGGAAUCAUCCACAGCUGAUCCUGUAAUGGACCAAUCACAGGACAGGGAAUCUUCUCACCAGACUCCCAUUGCUGUUGUUACACCCACCCACCUUGCAUCUGGUGCUGCACCCCGUGAAGUACAGCUUGACACUCACAAUGCUCCUCCUGAUGAUGCUGAAGAAGAUCUCCAGGAGAGUAAAAUGGAGUGUGAGCAGGAAUCAGAUCUUAAAGAGGAUCAUCGAAAGCAGGAGAAGGUAGGGGAUGAAGAUGGAGACCACCGCCCAGGAGAAGGUCACUCUGGCUGCGGGCAUGAUGAGAAAGCUGAGGAGUAUGCUGAGAGGUUGGAGGAGGAUGAAGAGAGAGUGAUGGACAAUCUGGAGGAGGAUCCUUCAGCUCAGGGAAGUGAAAUCACAGAUCUCUGCUCUGACACGGAGAGUGCUGCCUCACUCAGUAUGGAUGGACCUCUCCACAGCCCGCCUCCACUUCACUCACCUACUCCUCCUUCCUCCCCUGAUGUUCCAGCUUUCCCCCAGCUGGACCAUUUCGGUGAGGACGCCAGUAUGAGCCCUCUACCCGAUAAUGACCUGCCACCAGAAGAAGAGGAGGAUGAGGAUUGCUCUGAGUCAUGCUCGUUGUCCCACUCCACUUCUUGCUCUGAAUCUUAUCCAAAAACCUAUGCAGACUUUUAUACAGAGUCCCACCAAAAGUCUUACUCAGAGCCGGUCUAUGAGUCAUACUCGGAGUCAAAACCCCAUCCCAACUCUUUUCCCGAGCCGCUUAAGACCUCCUACCCUGAGCCAAACAGGGAACCUCGCAGGCAGGCCAGUCAGAGGACCGAGGCUAACAGGGGCCACCAAGAGUCCCGCCAAGAGCCCUUUACCCCCCACAGACAGGAGAAUGUACAAAAAGGAGCUCUGCCCUCCCCCAUCGAGGGCUCCCAUCAUGUCCCGAGGCAGGCCAGAGACCGGCGCUCACAGCGCUCCCCUCUGGAUCGCUCUGUUGGCUGCCGGCUGCACCACUAUGAUGGUCAGUCUGAUGGCGAGGGAGGCAGUGCCGAUCAAAGCCCUGUCACUAAAAACCGCAGGCAGCCACCCAGACAGCCAGAAACCCAAGCCAAGACCCCUCCAUCUGGGCUGAGCAGCUCAGGCGAGGCCCAGGAUGAGCAGAAUGCAGAAGGUGCAAAGGGCUCAGGCGACGCCAUUAGCCUAGCGAUUAAAGACAUCAAAGAGGCGAUUGAGGGGGUGAAGACGAAGACGAUGCGUUCCCCGUACACACCUGACCAACCUGUGGAGCCGAUCUGGGUGAUGAGACAGGAGGUCAGCCCCACGGAGGAUAUGUACCCCCUGCAGACUACAGCUGGCCAUUCUUCUCCUCACUCACCCUCUGAGUCAGCUUCUGAGUCUCCGAGCUGCUACACCUCAGCUCCAGUUCGGGAUCCGGUCAGUCCCCUGAGGGUUGAUCACUCUUCUAGAGCACCCAAUCCCCAAAGUUAUCACACUGGACAGUCCCAGCACAACCAUCACCACCACCUGCACCAACAAGGCCACCAGUCACAGCAGAGGGAUGCCGCUAGGUCACCGCAGACAUACACCCAGCCACAGCCGUACCCACAUAUGCCGCCUAAUCAGCAUCAACAGUGUCAACAUCAGCAGCAGCAGCUCCCCUCUCAACAGCCACAGACUCAAGCUCAGCCACAGUCUCCUCCUCAGAAGCCGUCUGUGCAGGAGAUUCGCAGAUCUCUUCCACAGUUUCCCACGUUUGUAGACGUCCCAGGACCGUGUGACCCUGAAGACCUUAUUGAUGGCAUCAUCUUUGCAGCGACCUACAUGGGCUGCACCCACCUGCUGUCAGAGAGGACUCCCACAAAGAGCGCCCGCAUGCAGCAGGCCCAAGAGGCCAUGAGCAGAGUCCGGGCAGCUCAGAAACAGGCGAAGAACAGGAAGAAGAGCCCCGACGACGAGGCUCCAUCCACUGCUGAGGUUGAUCUAUUCAUGUCCACACAAAGGAUCAAGGUCCUCAAUGCUGACACUCAGGAGUGUUUAAUGGACCUGCCCCUGAGGACAAUCUCCUACAUAGCUGACAUUGGUAACAUGGUGGUCCUGAUGGCCCGAGGGAAGAUGGUCCGGUCCCGCAGCGCACAGGAAAACCUGGACAGCACAGCAGAGCAAACCACCAUAACCCAAGAUGACAGAAGACUGUACAGAAUGAUCUGCCACGUCUUCGAGUCUGAGGAUGCUCAGCUCAUCGCUCAGUCCAUCGGUCAGUCCUUCAGCGUCGCCUACCAGGAGUUCCUCAGGGCCAACGGCAUCGACCCCGAGGACCUGAGCCAGAGGGAGUACAGUGACCUGCUCAACACUCAGGACAUGUACAACGACGACCUCAUCCACUUCUCCAAGUCGGAGAACUGCAGAGACGUUUACAUCGAGAAGCAAAAAGGCGAGAUCCUCGGUGUGGUGAUCGUGGAGUCUGGCUGGGGGUCAAUCCUCCCCACAGUGAUCAUUGCUAGCAUGAUGCACGCCGGCCCAGCGGAAAAGUCUGGCCGACUCAACAUCGGAGAUCAGAUCAUGACCAUAAAUGGUACAAGCUUGGUGGGUUUACCUCUCAGCACCUGCCAGAGCAUCAUCAAGGGUCUCAAGUCUCAGUCCAGGAUCAAGAUGAACAUUGUCAGGUGCCCUCCUGUCACCAUGGUGCUCAUUCGCAGGCCGGAUCUCCGAUACCAGCUGGGCUUCAGCGUCCAGAAUGGCAUAAUCUGCAGUCUGAUGAGAGGCGGUAUUGCUGAGAGAGGUGGCGUCCGCGUCGGUCACCGCAUCAUCGAGAUCAACAGCCAGAGCGUCGUGGCGACUCCUCACGAGAAGAUUGUUCAGAUCCUGUCCAAUGCGAUGGGAGAGAUCCACAUGAAGACGAUGCCUGCAGCCAUGUACCGUCUGCUGACAGCACAGGAACAACCUGUCUACAUCUGAACACACGUCUCGCUCGACACAUCACUCCCGCCUGUCUCGGUUUUAAAUCCCUUUUAUCCCUCCUCUCCCCUCCCUGUUUGAUAUCACUUGACUUGCCUUAAUCUGUACAGUUGACUGUCAUGUAAACAUGUACAUCUCCAGUGUGACAGCAGAAGGCAGAUUAUCUCACUAGGCCGAGUGUUAAUGUGACGUUUUAUGUUUGACCAAAGAGAAAUUUGGGAUUUUCUUGUGUAUAUUUAGGUGGAGAACAGAGCCAAUAUUAGCUUUGGUUUAAAUAGCUGUAUAAUCUCUGAAUGUACUCUAAUCAUGUUGGACCUAUAAAUUGUCAGGGUGACACAAGUGAUAAAGAGCUUAAAGCUGAAGUUGUAAAGGUUGCAUGUAUAAUUCUGCAGAAUAAACUAAAGUAAAAGGCAGCAGUCUGUGAUGUUUGGUUUAUUUUUGUUUGAAAAGUAGUUAAAACUGGACCAUUGGUGGAGUCAACCUUUACUCAAGUAUAAAUUUAGAACAGUUUUUUCACUUGACUGAUUGAAAUACACCCUUACUUGCUUCCAUAGGAAUAAAGAGGGCAGGUAGUAGUCACGUGCUGCUAACUGACAAACAGCAAGUGUGACCACCUCUAUAUUAGCUGUGUUUUAACACAAUGUCACAAUCUUGCCAGUGGAUUCACCCCAAGGUCAGCGAGUGCAGCGCUCACUGCACUGCCAAGAGCUUCCUCUGAGACUCCAUGGGCCUCGUUUAGCACAUUAAAUUUUAGUGUUCAUGACAGUUCAAUUAGAAAAAGGUUGAACAAGUAUGGCUUGUUUAGAAGGGUUGCCAGUAGGAAGAAUAGUCGUCUCUCUAAAAGAACAUGACAGCACAACUCAGGUUUGAAAAGCUUCAUCUGAACAAACUGCAAGCCUUCUGGACCAAUGAUAAGAUCAAAGUGAUCCAUAAUGCACACAGCCAGAUUACGAAAGCCAAACAUAGCCUCAUACAAACUGUCAAGCACGGUGGUGGAGGGGGGAUGAUUUGGGCUUGUUUUUCAGCCACAGGCCUGGGCACCUUGCAGUCCCCGAGCUGACCUUGAAGUCCUCUCUGUACUAAAGUAUCAUAGAGCCAAAUGUGAGGCCAUCUGACAUCUGAAGCUUGGCCCACAU